CCAUGUAGCUCUGAGGAGGCGGUAGUGGCGGCUCACGGGCAGCCCAGGGCCUAGUGAAAGGGGCCGGGCUGGCGCGGGCAGAGGGGGUCCCGUCGCCAUGGAGGGGAUGGACGUGGACCUGGACGCCGAGCUGAUGCAGAAGUUCAGCUGCCUGGGAACCACCGACAAGGACGUGCUCAUUGGCGAGUUCCAGCGGCUUCUCGGCUUCCAGCUCAGCCCGGCCGGCUGCGCCUUCUUCCUGGACAUGACGAACUGGAACCUGCAGGCAGCCAUUGGAGCCUACUAUGAUUUUGAGAGUCCAAACAUCAAUGUGCCCUCCAUGUCCUUUGUAGAAGAUGUGACCAUAGGAGAAGGAGAAUCCAUCCCUCCUGAUACCCAGUUUACAAAAACUUGGAGGAUACAAAAUACAGGGACAGAAGCAUGGCCUCCAGGUGUUUGUCUUAAGUACGUCGGGGGAGACCAGUUUGGUCAUGUGAACAUGGUGAUGGUCCGAUCGUUGGAGCCCCAGGAGAUUGCAGAUGUCAGCGUUCAGAUGUGCAGCCCCAGUACUGCGGGAAUGUAUCAAGGACAGUGGCGAAUGUGCACUGCCACAGGACUCUAUUAUGGAGACAUCAUCUGGGUGAUCCUCAGUGUGGAAGUUGGAGGACUUUUAGGAGUAACGCAGCAGCUGUCAUCAUUUGAAACAGAGUUCAACACACAACCACAUCGCAAGGUAGAAGGAAACUUUAACCCGUUCGCAUCUCCGCAGAAGAACAGGCAACCAGAUGAAAACAACUUAAAAGACCCUGGGGGUUCCGAGCUAGACACAAUCAGCAAAAACACGUGGGGGCCUGCUCCUGACCAAAUUGAACAAGAUCAGACUGAACUGUCACAAAACUCUGUAAAUCUCUCCCCCAGCAGUCACUCGAACAACUUAUCAGUAGUGACAUACAGUAAGGGUUUUCAUGGUCCUUAUCCCUUUGGACAGUCUUAAAAACAAAAACGGGUAUCGUCAAGAAGAAAAUUUGACAAAGGACGAACUUGGGAGGGAAGGGGAGUUCUUGUGGCUUAUAGAAGAUAUAGCAUGAAUCCCCUUCUUGGUCUCCAUAUCCUGGGAUAAGAAGAAAACAGACAAUAACUUAAGACUAGUUGUUUCCAGAAAAACAAAACAAAAAAAAACUAAAGUAUGCAUGUGUGAAUGCUGAAUUUCAGGAGUGCUGUUCAGUGCUAUGAGAGAGAAAAAUACACCAAUGUUUUGUUUAGAAGUCAUUGUCACAGUUAAUUAGGUAGCCUAAAAGAAAUUUUUUAAAAAAGAUUAAAAUGGAAAAGCCAUCUCUUUUUAAAAAGAAAAAUUAUUUUGCCUACAGAGCGGUUGUAGUCUGAGCAAAUGUUAUUUUUUUGUUUCAUGUUCAUAACUUUUUAAAAAGGGACAGCGUGCAUUUUUGUGGAGAUGUGCUUGCUAUGAAAUGGAAGCUUGCUUAGCAUUUUCUUGGUUAGUACAGCUGCUAUUUGUAUGUCAGUUGGUAUUAAUUUCUAGCUUUAUCAGUAUCCAGACCCAUGAAUUUUAACAUCUUUUUUAUUUUAGUUAUUUGCCUUUUAAUCUGCUGUUGGCACCAUUCUUCUUGGUAUGAUGUGCAUUAGUCACCCGCUAGCUCUUUUCUAUUUGAUAAAGUUGCUCAGAUCCAGUAUUGCCAUUCGUGGAUGGGGCGAGAAGGUGGAAAAGACAAGAAGACUGAAAUGAUGGAGGUUUGUCUUGUGCUUUGAAACAUGCACAUGCUCUUACUAGAUUUCCAAAGUUUACCCUGAAUGGUUAGCAUACUGAAAUAUUCCCAUGUUCAUUAAUGUACAGUAACUGUCUUUGAGACAGCUAUGCAUGUAUGUGUCAAGUUUGUGCCAAGAAGAAAUUUGGUUUCUAGAGUGGUAGAGCACCAGUUAUUAAAUUUUCAUGACACUUCUAGGUGUAAACUUCACAUCUUCCUUUUUAUAUUAGGGUAACCAGUUUGAUUCUUCAGGGAUAAAGAUACAUGCUUUGUUGACAAAGUCUAAAUUGCUUUGAACAUAUAGGAGAAAGAAUCAUCAGCUGCUACUCACAGUAAUUUCUUCAGUUUAUUAGCUUCUCUGAACUUUUAGUUUUCUAGACUGGGGUGUGUGUGUGUGUGUGUAUCAAGGGGGUGGAGCUGUUUAAUCAUAACUGUGUGCAGCCCAUGAAGAAUGAUAGCCAUAUAUAACUGAGGCCAAGCUGUCCAGUUCCAUAGGGAGAAGUAUCAAAGGAUGGUCUCUUGAAAUUCUUGGGUUUUGCAUCAGUGUAAGACUUUGAAAGAAGAGGAGAGUAGGAGGGGGGCUCUGUCUAAUUCAGAAACUUGAACUAGGCCACAGCAGCCAUCUGCCAAAGAUAGAAUAAUAUGCAAUGCCCUCUUCCUUUCAUCUCACUCAAAAGACCAAGCUGCCUACUCUAUUUGAAAGAGAAUGGAUGUGUGAAUGUGUACUGAUGGGUGUAAUGCAGAACACGGUAGGUCCCAAAGAAACAUACUCCAAGCUAUUGUUCUGUCAGCUGGCAUAAAGGGCCUUUAAAAUGCUCCACAAUUCUGCUUCCAACCAGAACUUAUGGAUAGCACCUGCAGAGUCAGUUCUGGCUGGAAUCCUAGGAGGCAGGAAUUUAGGUAUUCAGUCUUCUAGGGCCAGUUGAGCAUCUUACUUGGUGUUUGUUCUUUUCAAGAACAUGUAUAACUUAAUUUUUCUUGCAACCUAUCUAAUUGAAGCACAUAUCAACAUAGCCGUGAACACUGGGAGACGUUAUUGCAAAGAGCAAAAUUUGAGAGGGGUAAAUCAUGGGAGCAUAGGAACUAGGAUAUAUAUUUUCCUUUACUCCUUGACCCUUUCCUCAGCAUGGCCUUCCAAAUAAUGUAUCAAAUCACCUUGACCAAUGUUUUCUCCAAAUGCAAAAUAGGGUAUAUAAACUGAUUAUGUACAGCAUUAGUUAUGAUUAUUGGUUUUAAUUCAUUUUAUUCCCCCCCCCUUUGCUCUGGUAAAACGCCUUUAUUGAUAUGCAAGUAAAAGAUAAAAUGGAUGAGGUGUGUGUGUGUGCGCGCGCAUGUGUCUGGUAGCAACAUUGGAAGUCUUACAGUGGUGACAACUGGCAAAUAGCAAGCCAAGUCCUACCAAAUCAAGUCAAAAUGGCUUCAGUUUUCUCUUUAGAAAAAGACCAGUUAUUAGUAGACUUAUCUAACAUGUCAGCUGUUAUUGUGGAGACCAUAUUGUUUUUUCCACUAUGCAGGGGGAAAGUUGAUAUUUACUGCCUACUGUUCUCUUACAGCAUGUAGGGUUGCCCAUUCUCUGCAGUCAUCUCAAAUGCUGUCUCCUCUUUUGAGUCCAAGUGACUCUUGUCAAAGAAACAGUCACUCCAUUGAAGGUGAAAGCUGGAUCCCAUCUUCAGCUGGGUUGUAGUAAACAGUUAUCCUCUAAUUGUCACUAAUUCCUGAAAUCUUUUGGGGGAUAAACAUUGUUUUUCCUUUUCGGGAUGAUCUUUGUAUAAGUAGUUAUAAAGGGCUCAUACCUGUUUGCAAGUAGAGUAGGGUGAUAAUUCUUGCAGUGACUACAACAGGAGGAUAUUUAAAUUGCUCACUUUGUCUCUGAUUUCUUUUCAGAUAUUCUUCCCAUGAUUAUAAGAUCUAUUUUAGUAUUUACUGAUCCUCUUAAGACUCAGAUUUAGGUCAUUAGUUUUUAAGGCAUAUGUGAUGAUUUUGAAGCCAUAGAAAUGGCCGAUGAGAAAAUCAUGUUGGUUGCAUAGGUGUAGCACUUCCAAACUUUAACAGUUAAGGACAUCUUCAUGCCCAGGUGCAAGGGCUUGAUUUUUGGAAGCACGUAAACCUGUCUCAUAAUCAUCAGGGAAAGCUGGUGCUACCUUUUCCCUUCCCCAAUGGAUGGCCUAUGGCUUUAAUGACUGUAUGGCAAGUAGGAACUCCAUGGAUGUAGCUUUGCAGACCAUGGAGGUGCAGUAAUGGGCGAUGGCUGAACCUAUAGAAUUGUUGCAUCUCAUAUAGUUAAAGGCACAGACCCUUUGUCAGAAGUGGGUGGCAGUAUUAAGUAGCACCUAGGAUUAAAACUCUUGUUAGGCUGGGGAAAAUUGAGUAUGCUGUCAAGUUUGGAAUUGGCAUGAGUGUUUAAAUUGCCACUAGUAGGUACAUUUGAAAGCUGUGAGUGGCUCUUGGGCUGUUGUAAUUACAGAACAAACACUUCAUUAGUGAACAUGCCCCUCCUACAUGAGCUGUAGAAAAAUAGUCCUCAGACCCUGUUACCAAUGUAAUACUGCUUGGUCAUGGAGGAAGCUGAAUGCUCUUGAUUUUAGAAAUUUAGUGGCUGAUCCUUGCUCCCCCAAAUUUAUCCUGCUUUAUGUAGCAAGUGUUGUUGGCUCUGCCUCCUCGUUACCCUAGUGAUUCAUUCUGGAAAAAAUAAUGAUGGAUUCCUGAGGGGAAGAAUUAAUUUAACAAAGGGAAGUUUGAAUUUCUUAUUGAUAGUACUUGGUUUGCAAGGUUCUUUUAAAAAUGCUAACUUAACCAUAGCCCAAGCUGUUGGGUUUGACAAUAUGCUGGUAACUUCUGCAUCUGAGAAUAUGACACUAGCCUGGGAUGGACGAGCUCCCAGGCUUCUCACCGUGAAACUGAGCUGGCUUUGGCUGAAAAUAAACUAUCUCUGUUUGCGGAUGAACAUAAAGUCUGAUCUAGCAGGCUGAGCCUAUGUUGUUGCCCUUAUUUGAGGCAGGAAAAGGUGAAGGUUGUAACCUGAGGCCUCAGUGAUUUGGGAAUGUGUACUCAUCCGUCCCCCAGCUGCAGAUGAGCACAUCCUGGAUCUCUCUAGGUACAAGUAUAAUCAAAGUUCUCUGGGGCUAAGAAAUGCACGCUGUCCCAUGUCUGGGUUUCCAUUGUUUUUUCUCUUGUGUGAGUGAGUGGUUGAUUCUGCAGCCUGUCUUUAUUCUCUCUGGGGGGAGUGCAUGUGUAGAGCAGGAUGGUGUGUUGCUUCAUUGAGUCUGGGAAGAAUCCUGUAAUAGCACAUUGUGGGGGAAAACAAAGACGCUUUUUCCUUAAUGUAUAAAUGAAUAUUUGUAUGAUUAAAUUAACACAAAACAA